ACGAUGUAAACUAAAAACGCCCCUCGCCGAAAUCCCGGCCCAGUCUCUGAAUGAGGCAUUAGCACCGAACUGGUCGUUAUAUUUGUAAUUUUUAUUAUUUUUUUUUUUCCUCCUGGUAUCAACAACAAUGUCCUUUUUCGGAAUCACGUGUUUGGGCUACCAGGACCCUUUCAAAUCCAGGAUUUUACAAUCGUGGGGAGGAGUGCCUUACAGAGGUGAUGAGAAAGGGGAAGGUUCAGAUUCCAAACUGCCUCCGAUCCACAGGACAAGCAGCGCAGCACUGCACAAAGGAAGCCAGAAACAAUACAAUGAGAUGGUCAAACGAGUCCACAUGCCGAACUCUCCCAAUCAGAUUUAUCGAGUGCCCCUGACCAGUGGCCAGCAGUACGGCUGGUGGAUGCCUAGAGCAAACCAGACUGCCAUAGAGAAGACCGAGCCCUGGACACAGAUCACACGGCAGCCCAGGCUAAACAGCGAGAUGACCAGGUUUGUGGACCAAAUGACGUUGACGAGCCGAGAAUUCAGCUUAUUCUGAACAGUCUUUGAUAAAGACUAAGCUUUGUGCAGCGGUCAGUGCCUCGCCAUACAUAAACAGACGUGAUCCAACUAAAUUAAAGACCAUUGAAAACCUU